UAAAAAAAUGAUGGUUAAUUCAAUAUUAAAAAGAUUAUUUAAUCAAAAGAAAAUGAGCUCACAAAAUUAUAAAUUAAUAAAGAACUUACUGGACACUACCACAGAGUGCCUUAAUAGUUUAAAAAACAUAAACAUAAUCACAGACUCUUGGGAUCCUUUAAUUAUAUUUCUGGUUGUACAGAAAUUGGACCCAGAGUCACAUAAGGAUUGGGAAGAGUAUGUCCAGAAUGAUACCGACAAAUUACCAAGUUGGGAACAAUUACAACAGUUUUUACAAUUAAAAUUUCGUACUUUGGAGUUAUUAUCGCCAUCGACAUCUAAAGAAAUGUCAUUCCAUAUAGCGACGCCCGCAGUGCAAUUUAAACCCUGUCCAAAAUGUCAACUAGAACAUGCUUUAUGCCACUGUAAAGAAUUUAUAUCACUUACACCACAACAAAAGAAUGAGUUUGUUCGUUCCAAUAAUAUUUGCUUUAAUUGUUUAUGCAGUGGGCAUAUGGUGAGCAAAUGUCGUUUGCGGGUUUCUUGUAAGGUAUGUCAACGGCGUCAUCAUUCUUUGUUGCAUCAGUCAAUGGCCGUGGUCAAACCCAGCAACAUAGAAUCGCACUUUAAUCAGGUGGAGGAUGAGAUAGACGAAGAACAGCAGGAGCAACACUUGGAGGAACAGAUGGCGCCGGCAGAAUAACUGUACUCCGCACGCUAAUAGACCAAGGCUCACAAGCGAACUUUAUAAGCGAACGAGCUGCUCAACUGCUUAAA